AUGCAAGCAACUACAUCAUUUCAUGCUUCAGUUACAUUGCCCUGUUUGAACCACAAGUCUAUUGAGGUCGACAUUGCGCAAGGCCAAAACAUCAAAGAUCUUGUAUAUCAUCUGGUGCAAAUCCACGCGCUACCCCCUUACUUGACCAUAUCUUUGUAUUCUUCCAUUCUGUCUGCUAUGAACGAAACAUGCAAAAGCAAAGUGUUGUUUGAACGGGAGCAUAAAGUGGUUCAGAAGAAAGAGUUGCGCCAUCUGUUUAUGGACUCAUAUCAAGCAAACACACUUCAAUAUAACAAUAAGCCCGAAGAAGACAUAUUCCCUCGAGCUUAUCAUACCUUGGUACACUGCCCUAUACCUGCCAUCUUUGAUACUUUGUUGGAACUGGAACAGAGCUAUGCAAUUGCAAUUCAGGAGCUUCAGACAGCUAGCGAUCAUGAGUUGGUGGCAAUUCAAGCGAGACAGGCGCAAGAGAUCGAAUCAGCCUCUUCUUCCUCAACAUCACUGACAGGAUCACCCAACAGCAAUACCCACAACAGCAGCAAUGACAUGACAACCAUAUUUACCCGCCAGGUAGAGGAAAUGGAAGUAUUUCAAGCUACAUGGCAAUCCGAUAUCCUUCAAACACAACAAACGCAGCGUCAGGAAUACCGAGAAUUUGUCAUUGAGCUAUACAAAGAGUACCAGUCGAGGUUAGCCUCCCUGUCGGACGAGCAGCAUUUGAAAUCAGAGGACAAUGCAUUGGGUGUCUUGGCUGUAGCAACUACAGCAGUGGCGGAAAAGAAACUGGAUGGCAAAGAGAUGGUAGCAGCAGCAGCCAGUCGAGUCAGACAAUGGGACACAGACAACGGCGAUGGCGAGGCAGCAUCAGCAACAGCACCAGCACCAGCAGGAAGCAGCAAAAGCACACACAGCGAUACGAAAAGCAACAAUACCCACCCCAUCAUCACACGCCGCAGAACGGGCUCAUUAGCCAGCAGCCUUGGGUCCAUUACCUCGCCUAAUUUACAGCAGCAACAGCACUCACCCAACGAACUCGCUAGCCUAGUGCGCACCGCAUCCAUUUCUUCCAACGAUGAAUCCUUGUCAGCCGCAACAGCAGAAUCGGUGAAAAGCAUCCAGGAGAUGGGAUUCCAGAAAGAGCAAGCAGAAACUGCGCUUGUGUUGAGCAACCAAAACAUGGAAGCUGCUAUCGGCUUAUUACUAGAGAACCCUGAAAAGGUGGAUGCAUAUAUUGCCGAGCAAAAGUUCCAGCAGCAGCAGUUGAUUCAACAACAACAGUUUCAAACAAUGGCAAGACCGCCUGCCAGCUCCAGCACGCCUUACCGCAGAUCGCACUCAUUGAGCCAGGUGCCUCGCCCUGCGCUCGUCACCGAGGCUUCAUCAGCCACUGCUCCCGUGCCUGCAACGACAAGUAGCGCUUCUGUCCAUUCCCGCCAAAGCUCUGAAAACACGAACAGCCGUAGACUAUCACUGACACAGAGAACACCUACAUUUCUCAACAUCAUGAGCUCGGGGACUGCAAAGGCACACAGUAGUCCAAAUCUGAAUGUGCCUAGUCAGAACAACAGCAUCAAUGCAAACAAUGCUAAUAGCAACAAUACUGGAGGCAAGUCUUGGAACCCCAUCUCGUUUUUACAGCAACAAAAGCAGGCUAUGGAGAGCACCAACUUGAGUUCCGUGCGCAAAUUGGGAGGUUGGCUAGGUAAGGCCAUGGAAAACUUUGGCAUCGAGAACGAUGAGAAUGAAAGUAAGCAAGGUCUAAUGAGAGGUCAGGCACGUCGUCAGCAACAGCAGCAUCAGCAACAAACGCCACAACUCGUCGAGUCUUUUACUAUCAUGAUGGGCACAGCACAGAUCAAAUCUUCGCAUAAUCUCAGACUACUGGUGACAGACGAGGCUAGUGAAGUGUUUCAUCCUGUAUAUGAUCCUCCUCGGGAGAUGGCCUACCGAGCUGAAACCGCCACUAAGCUCUAUACGAGUCAUCUAAGCGCAGCGAUCGUGCUUGUGGAAGUGAACGAAUUGACAAGACGUCCUGUGGAAGGGUGGAGAUUGUACAAGACGGGCAAAGGCAGCAACAAGGCUCUGUUUGAGCGCUGUCAACAGUCGACUGAAUUCCAUUUCGCUGAUAUCGAGACACAAUUGAAUGUUGUAGAGGAGGAUUUCAAGGAGCAUCCAGUGACAGAAGGGUCGUUUUUCGUCACAAAGCACUCUAAUUUGCCGAGUACUCAGGUAGUUUUUCACCUUUUGAUCAAUAGUGCAGCCCUCACCACGACAGAUCUCUCCAAUCGCCAUCCUCUUAUUAUCGGUCUUCGCAACAUUUUGAAAAUGACAACCCAAUUUGACAUUUCAUCGCUAUCAAUUCCUCUACUGCUACUACCUGACAGGUUCAUUGAACAACCAGACCAUUACAUGACAAUGGAUCAUCAUCAAUCAUGGCUUCAGAAGCGAGGCGAAGUGGUCAUGAAGUGCAUCAAAGGUUUCUUGAUCGAGAAUUCAAGAAGUGGAAAACGUGUGCAAAAUGAAGGUCUAGACAGAGCUGAGAGUAUGGGUGGUGGAGGCAUGAGAAACGUGGAAUUCCUGCUUCCUAGCAGACCAGAUGUAUAUACAAUGGGUGCCACUGCACUACCACGAGAUACUCUCAUAUCUACUCCCACGUCAAACGGUGCAACACCACCGCCAAUAACUGCAACAUCAUCAACAGAUCUCCUGAGCGGAUCAUCCAGUGGAGCUGUGAAUGAUGGUUCAAUGUCGAAUUUCAAUGGUACCCCUCAUCAUGAGGUAGAAGUUGCAUUUCAACAAUUUAGAACACUGUUAGUCAAUCUUUUCCGCACUAGCUAG